AUGGCGCAGAAAGGAGUUCAGCUGGACCGGGAGACCUUCUUUUGUUCCAUCUGUCUGGAUCUACUGAAGGAUCCGGUAACUACUUCCUGUGGACACAACUACUGCAUGAACUGUAUUAAAAGCCACUGGGAUGAAGAGGAUCGUAAGAACAGCUACAACUGUCCUCAGUGCAGGCAGACAUUCACACCGAGGCCUGUCCUGCUGAAAAACACCAUGUUAGCAGAUUUAGUGGAGGAGCUGAAGAAGACUGGACUCCAAGCUGCUCCUGCUGAUCACUGCUAUGCUGGAGCUGAAGAUGUGGCCUGUGAUUUCUGCACUGGGAGAAAACUAAAAGCCAUCAAGUCCUGUCUGGUGUGUCUGAUGUCUUACUGUGAUCAACACCUCCAGCCUCAUUAUGAUGUUCCUCCAUUAAAAAAACACAAGCUAGUGGAGCCCUCCAAGAAGCUCCAGGAGAACAUCUGCUCUCGUCAUGAUGAGGUGAUGAAGAUUUUCUGCCGUACUGAUCAGCAGCUUAUCUGUUAUCUCUGCUUAAUGGAUGAACAUAAAGGCCACAACACAAUCUCAGCUGCAGCAGAAAGGACUGAGAGGCAGAAAAAGCUUGAGGGGAGUCGACAAAACAUCCAGCAGAGAAUUCAGGACAGAGAGAAAGAUGUGAAGCUGCUUCAACAGCAGGCGGAGGUUAUCAAUGACUCUGCUGAUAAAGCAGUGGAGGACAGCGAGAAGAUCUUCACUGAGCUGAUCCGUCUCCUGGAGAAAAGAAGCUCUGAUGUGAAGCAGCAGGUCAGAUCCCAGCAGAGAAGUGAAGUGAGUCGAGUCAAAGAGCUUCAGGAGAAGCUGGAGCAGGAGAUCACUGAGCUGAAGAGGAAAGACGCUGAGCUGAAGAAGCUCUCACACACAGAGGAUCACAACCAGUUUCUACACAACUACCCCUCACUGUCACCACUCAGCCAAUCUACAUCCAGCAUUGAUAUCUGUCCUCUGAGCUACUUUGAGGACAUGACAGAGGCCGUGUCAGAAGUCAGAGAUAAACUACAGGACGUCCUGAGAGAGGAAUGGACAAACGUCUCACUGACAGGGACUGAAGUGGAUGUUUCACUACCACAAGGAGAACCCAACACCAGAGCUGACUUCCUAAAAUAUUCACAUGAAAUCACAUUGGACCCAAACACAGCAUACAUACAUCUGUUAUUAUCUGAGGGGAACAGAAAAGCAACAAGAAUGAGACAACAACAGUCUUAUUCUAGUCACCCAGACAGAUUCACUGGAUGUACUCAGGUCCUGAGUAGAGGGAGUCUGACUGGAUGUUGUUACUGGGAGGUGGAGAGGAGAGGAGUAGGAAUUUGUGUAGCAGUCGCAUACAAGAAUAUCAGCAGAGCAGGGAGCUGGUAUGAAUGUGUAUUUGGAUUAAAUGACAAAUCAUGGGCGUUACGUUGCGAAAAAAAUAGUUAUUCAUUUUGGUACAACAAUGUCCAAACUCCCGUCUCAGGUCCUGUGUCCUCCAGAGUAGGAGUGUACCUGGAUCACAGUGCAGGUAUUCUGUCCUUCUACAGAGUCUCUGAAACCAUGACUCUCCUCCACAGAGUCCAGACCUCAUUCAGUCAGCCGCUCUAUGCUGGACUGCGGCUUUAUUAUUGUCCUGGAGGCACUGCUGAGUUUUGUAAACUGAAAUUCAGUUAG